AUGCGCGGAUAUUGUCAGAUUACAACAUACACUAAAGUGAGAGUUAGUGCAAUUGCCGGCCAUAACUGCAAAUGCCAAGAUCCCUCUGGUACUGGCCCUCAAUGGAAUGAUCUCACCAAGAAGGUCUGCCAGGAGAGGCUACCAGGAGAGAGCUCCUAUUGUCAACAGUUUGGCAAGAAAUAUCAUGGGAGCCACCAUCAGUGCUCGAGCCCUGGAAAUUGUAUUGACAGCGGCGGAUUCAACUCUCGCUGCAAAGAACUUGGCGCGCCUGGUGCUUUCUGCUGGGACUAG